AAAGUUGUGAGUGCAGAAAAAGACAAAGAAGCUGUAAAAGAGCACGUCAUUAAAAAGAAAAAAAAAGAAGAUAGAAAGAGCAGAGGAAGUCUGACCAGAGGGCUCGGCCUCUUCCUGCCUGACAGUCAGCUCAGGAAGUCAAGACAGAAUCAGCAGAGGGAGGGCUGACACACACAGAAAAAGAUUUUCCCUUUGCCUUUUCGUUUUUUCCUUAUUCAGUCCUGCUCUGUGCAACAGGAGGAAGAGAAAAGGGGGGAGCCAGAGAAGAGGCGGGGUCUUCGAUGGAGCUGCGAGACACUGAGAGUGACUGAGAGCAGUCCAGUACUCAAUCUGCGGAGAUAUGAUGGAAGUCAGCGUUGUUUCCCAAGACACAGGCCAAACCAGCCCUCUGACAGGAUCUCCGGACACUCUAGUCACUCCCUCUCCUGCCUCCCUCCCUCCAUCUUCUCCCAUCUCUCCCCCUCCCCAGCCCUCCUCCUCAUCCCAUCCCCCAACUCGGCCAUUACGCCCCAGGCCACCACCCCCGACUGUGAAAUCCUCCUCCCAGCUCCCCUCCCGACCUCCUCUGCCUCCAGCCACCCCUCCGUCCCUCCCUCCUCCGCUCCCCCCCACCUCCAAGUCGGCUCCUCCUGUCUCCCUCAACCCUCCGUCAACUCUUCCUCCCCCUCUCACCCCGACUCCUGCCUCCCCUUCAGCCCCGGUUUCUCUCCCACAAACCCCCUCUGAUGUAACCCCAUCUUCUCCUCUUCCUCCCCCUUUAUCUCCGACAGCCGCAUCUUCUUCCUCCUCUUCGACCCCCUUUCUUCCUCCCAUUUCUGUCCCAUCUAUCCCUCCAUCUUCUCCAACUCCUGCAGUUCUGAGUCCUAUAGACCGGCUGAUUGGGACAUCCUCAGUAUGGCAGCCCAAAGGUCUCAACCAAGACCAAGCAACAAGUAUUAUGGAGAAAGAGAAAGCCGGGGCCUUCCUGGUUCACAGCACAGAAGAAAAGGGCAUGAUGCUGUCAGUGCGGCUGCCUGAUGAACAAGGAGUGCCACUGGUACACAACCUGGCGGUCAAACAGCACAAGACAUUUCUCCACUUGGAUGGCUCUUCGCUGGUUUUUGAUGACAUCUUCAAGCUGAUCUUAUUUUACUGUGUUAGCAGGGACAUCCUGGCUAUCCCACUGAUGUUACCCCAGGCCAUUACCACAGCAACUAAAAAAGAGGAGCUAGAGGUCAUCCGUGCUACUGGUACAGAUUUCUGGACAUCAGAUCUGAACCAGCAUGCACAGACACAGGACCUGGAUGUGGAUCAGAAGCACAGUAAUCCCUACUUGUAUGUGAAUCCGGUCACUGUGGAGGAGAACACCACCAAAGACCUGAACCACUCAUCUAUCUCCACACUUGAAACCAUUACAUCUCAGAACUCAUCCCUGCAGAAUGGAGAAGCCCCACAGAAGGUCAGCCCAGAGGUCAAAGGUCAGACUAAAACAAUGCCCAACCCAGAAAUAAAGUACAAGCGACCUCCUCCGCGACCCCCCAGCCUGGGCUCGGGGUCUGGGAUGGGCCUCCUCUUCUCUCCUCCUCCCUCACUUCACACUUCACCUUCUCUGAGUACAGCAGUUGAGAAGAAAGAGGAAGGAAAGGUAGGAGGGGAGAAAGAAGAGAGGAAGUCAGUGUCAACAUCACCUCCUCCAUCCAGGCCUCCUGUUCCUCUGCAGAGCCGAGCUGCUCCUCCUCUGCCUCCUGCUCCGCUACGACGCUCCACCUCCAGGAAAAACACUGACCCAGAGAGAGGAGAGGCGACGGAGAGAGAGAAGGGACAAAAUUCUGCAAAGCAAACUGAGAAAGAGGGGUUAGGGAAAGAGAACAGUAGCCAACAAGAAGAACAAGUUAAAAAUGCUGGGGAGAAAGACAAGGAAGAUGAGAAGGAGGAAAAGGAGACGAUAACAGCUAAAGACCCAAAGGACGACAAACAACAAAAGUCCAGCUCUCAGCCGUCAGUAAAGAAACCAUCCCGUCCAGUUCCUCCACCCAGGAGGAAACCAUCCUCACCUGAUACACCUGUGGCAGGAGGUUUACCCAGUCAGACGAGAGCCGUCCCCCCUUCGCCAGCGCGGCGCCCUGAUGUGUCGCUGUACUCGCCACAGGGCGGGGCUGUGCUGGGGACCGACCCUGACUCCGCCUCCAACAGCAGCACAGAGGAGGAGGGAGAGAUGAACCAGGACCACGAGCACAACCACAAUCGUCCUGUAGAAAGCCGCAGCCCCAAGGUAGGCGUGAGGCGAAUCCCCACCACUGUCAUGUUGGACCGAGCCCGCUACCGUCUGUCCACAGUCCUCACCGGACUCAUCAGCCACGACCGCCGCCUCACACAGCGGAUCGUAGAGCUGGCCCGUGACCCUCAGAGCUACUUUGGUAACCUGGUUAAAGAGCACCGUGCGUUCACUCUGGAGACCAUGACAAACCACUCUUCCUCUACUGAGCUAUUACAGGAGAUCAGACAGAUGAUGACUCAACUGAAGAGCUACCUCCUGCAGAGCACAGAGCUGCAAGCCAUGCUGGAGCCACAGCAUCAGUACGCACAAGACAAACUGGAGAGCAUAGUGGAAGCUGCUCUUUGUAAAAGUGUCCUGAAGCCGCUGAGAGAGCCGAUAUACCAAAGUCUGGAGAAACUGCAGAAUGACAACGGAAGUCUGAGCAAAGUGGCCCAGAACCAGUCUGUGGUAUUAGGCAGCACCACCACAGCAUUAGGCAUCACCACUGCCGUCCCUGAGGCGUCCGCUAUGGAGAAGAUCAGCAUCAAACUGAACAACCUCCAUCUGGAGUAUUCUCCUCAGAAAAAGAUUGAGCUGCUGCUGAAAACCUGCAAGAUCAUCUAUGACUCCAUGUCUGUCAGCUCCCCAGGGCGGGCCCAUGGUGCUGAUGACUUCCUUCCUGUAAUGAUGUACGUCCUGGCGAGAUCCAAUCUGUCAGCUUUGCAGCUGGAUGUUGAGUACAUGAUGGAGUUGAUGGACCCAGCUUUAACACUAGGAGAAGGUUCCUAUUACUUGACCACCACUUAUGGAGCGCUGGAGCACAUUAAGACUUUCGACCAGCAGAGGUCAGCAACACGGCAGCUCAGCAGAGAGGUUCAGGACUCCAUCCACCGCUGGGAGAGACGACGCACGCUCAACCAGGAACGUGUGUCACAGGGAUCAGUUCGGGACUUCCUGACCGUGUGCUGUCCUGAGAUCGGAGCCAACCCCAGAACGCUGGGUGUGCUUCCUACCACAACUAUCCAACAGCUGGCAGAGCAGUGUGCCGCACGCUUUGAACAAGAUUCCUACAUACUCAGUGUGUACAUCGAUGACAUUCACCAGCCCUUGGCGCCGACAGAGCUGGCCCUCAGCGUUAAGGCCACCUGCCUGCCAGGGGCCUACUGCUUCGUCUAUCACCCCGCUGAUCAGCCCGCCACCCGCCGAAGCCGCAGCUGCCCCACCGACCCACCACCAGCUCCGCCCGUUGAGACCCUUUACCCAGCUGACACUGCAGCUGCUGACGCUGUGCCUCCAGACACAGAAGAAGGGAGUCUGAUCAGCUUGUAACUAGUGGCUGCUGCUGCAUCGCUAUGGUAACUGCAUCCCAGUGGCGACUGCAUCACCAAACCACUAAAUUAAAAGAAAAGGGGAACUACAUUUAAGCCAUAUGUUUUCAUCUCAGGCGCAAAAAGCUAAUUUAAAUGACAUAAAGCCUGAAUUAUUUGCUGUUUUUCAGGUUUUUCCAAUGUCUUCAACUCUUUAUCAAAGACAGAGAUGACCAGUUAGUUCAGAAAAUAACCACAAUGAUUGUAUGUAAUGGGAAGUAUGAGAGCACAUACUACAUGCAUGACCAAGAAAUACGAUUCUCUAUUUUAACAUGGGGUCUGGAACCCCAAGGACUGCAGAGGAUCUGCUUUUAUAGAAUGUAAAGAUCCAUGUAAUGCACAUAUAUGUUGUUUUUACUGUCUAAGCUCUUAUUAUUAUACUUGAUGCUACUGUGAUGCUCAAAUAUUCGGAGAGAUGAGGACAUUUUCAUUGGAUCAGGAAUCCAAUAUCAUGAUGAAACUAAACUUUCUCAAUAAACCACAGCAGAUUAGAUUUGUAGUACCUUAUGAACAAGAGCUGCUACAACACUUGUUUCAAAUCAAAAUGGUAUUUUUAUUAUUUUAUAGUAUAAUGAAGCACAUGAAAUCAGUGCAGCUACAUUUGGACCAAUAUUUUUAUUCUAAAACCCUCAUCAACACGCAUCAAUAAGCAUUAAUACAUUACAUUCCACAUCUGUCUUCUUUAUACUGGUAAUGAUUGUACUGUAAAUAAAGGUGCUUUUACCACUUCUCUUUCUUGUUUGGGGCAGCGAUGUUUAAAAGAGGUUUGAAAACCCUCUUUGAAAUGUAGGAAACAUACAGAACAAAAAAUUAUGACACUUAAUACCUCUUACUAUACUUAGUGGAGCUCCACAGAUAA